CGGGCCAAAAUGAUUUAUAAAAUAAAAUGUCAAUUGACUCAAAUAAUAGAUGGCUCAGUUUUUUUAUAUAGAACAAACAGGCUGUUAUAAGUAGAUAACACAACAGCUUUGAAUAGAUGUUACUUGGCUUUCAAGCUGCCUUGGAUGGACUUAUACUAUGAUGCAACCUUGACACGAAGGGAUGACACGGAGCUUUGUACGCAGCGCAACUUCGGCGCCACGAGCUCCGCCGUUAAGGGUCGCCAAAACGAAAACAGGAAGAACAUGCCAAGCAUAACUUAUCCGACGAUGUCAUUGACAAUUAGCAAACUUUGCAAUAAUUAUUUACCUUAGCUUUUAAAAUGCAAGCAAAAAACAAACAAACAAAAAACGACUGGAAGAAAACGAGUGGCUAAACAUUAGCGGCCAAAAGGCUUGUAUUUAGAAAGGGCUGUAUUCACGGGUUGUUAUGCAAUAACCAAGAAUCACAUAGAUCAUCGUCCAACGAGAUUCGACAGUAAUUCAUGUGCUUCAAUACGACAACGGCGACAGAAUUCAUGCCUCAGUGAGUUGCCGUAUGGGCCGCACACCCUUAUACGGACAUAUCGCCUCGGGGGAGUGAGUUGUUUUUAAGUCGACCUUCGUAUGCUUGUCAUAGCAGAAGCUUUGCUUGCAUUGUUUACAUGGAAUUGUACAAGAUCUGUUUAACAUAGUGCCGGUGACGUGAAUUCAGGGCUUCGUAUGCUUGUCAUAGCAGAAGCUUUGAUUGCGUUGUUUACGUGGAAUUGUACAAGAUCUGUGUAACAUAGUGCCGGUGACGUGAAUUCAGGGCUUCGUAUGCUUGUCAUAGCAGAAGCUUUGAUUGCGUUGUUUACGUGGAAUUGUACAAGAUCUGUGUAACAUAGUGCCGGUAAGGUGAAUUCGAGGCUUUAUUAACGCUGAACCUUUGAUUGGGGGACGUUAUAGAUGGGUGAGAAGUGAUGAAUGGAAGAAAGGAUGUGAGGGGCAUUUAUUGGAGGGGUUAAGAUUAAAAAGUGUUAGAAGAGAAGCGAAGAGAAAAAAGGGGAAGAGAGGGAAAGAGAAGGGAUGAAGAGUAAGUGAAAAGAGUAUAGAGAAGAGAAGAGAAGAGAAGAGAAGAGAAGAGAAGAGAAGAGAAGAGAAGAGAAGAGAAGAGACAAGAUAAGAGACAAGAUAAUAGGACGAGUAAGAAGACCGGAAGAGAAGGAAAAGAAGAACUAAGAGGAGAGGGGGCGUGAAAAGAAGGGAAUACAAAAGCUGUGGGGUGACAGUGAGUGAAAAUAAAAGAAGAGAAGGGAAGAGAGGAGACAAGAGAAUAGGAAGGAAGAAAUACGAUCAUCGCGGUAUGUUUUUAUUUCUGCGAUGAGACAUUACUGAGGUCUUCGUUCGUCCUGCUAGGAACUGGGUGACCGGAACUGAAAAUGGUGCAUUUUUCGAGGAAUCCAGUCUGGAGGCAUAUUUUUAUUUUGUACUGUCUCACAUUUGCUGUGAUCCUGCCACUUUUCACCUAUCGUCUUAAGUUCUCAAUGUAUUACCAAAAAUUAACAGAGACAGAAGGAGAGAAAAAGCUAAAAAAUGAAAAUAAUGCAAGACUGGAAAUUGUAGAUAGAUAUGCUUUAACUAUGGAUUCUAAGAUUAUAAAGAGUUUGCUCCAUACAAGCCGUGAAACUGAUUUGUCAGUCACUGUGAUUACUGCACUGAGACACUCCAGCUCGUACAAGGCAAAGUAUCUAACGCAAGUAGUGUGGACAUUGUUAAGGCUUAUGUUAGAAGCCCCUUCUCGUGAUAUCCAUCUCUCCCUUCAACUCUCUGUAUGCAAUGUCGAUUCUGAACCAGAACGUCACAAAGAAGCAUUGGAGCUUUCAUCUAUUGUCCCAGUGAUUGAGAGAUUUGGGAAUAAUCGUAAGGUCCCUUAUACUGCGACAGUGUUUGAAAAGGAAAAACAAGACUAUGUGUUCUGUUUAAAAGCAGCUCAAAAGUCAAACCCAAGAUACAUCCUAGCACUUGAAGAUGAUGCAUUACCCAAUGAAGACUUCUUUGUUGUACUGAAUCAUGUUAUUCACAAUCAUCUGGAUUACAAAAUAUCCAAAGGGGAAAAAACUAUGAAUAUGGAUAACAUAACCUAUGUGAAGCUAUACCACCCUGAAAGACUUCAAGGUUUCAUAAGCUUAGAAUCAGAGAGAUUACCAGAACUUUUUGGACUGAGCACUGUCCUGGGUACUCUACUGUUCUACAUCUACUUGAAGACUUUGGCAAAGAAGACAUUUUCCCACUCAACGGUUCUCCUUGUACUGAUCUCUUUUAUAAUUUAUGUUGCUGGAUUGGUUAUUGCAAUAGGAAGACCCAAUAUAAAUGAAGUUCGCCAUUUAUUCCCACCAUAUUUAUAUGGUUAUACCCAUGCACCUCACUGUUGCACACCAGCUAUGUUGUUCCCAGCCUCAGGAGCCCAUAUGGUCACUGAGUACCUGGAGAAGACAACCUGUUAUGUUGGAUUUGCUAAAGACACUGCUCUCUUCAAGUUUGUCACCAAGCUGGGGCAUACUGCUCGUAUGGUGCAGCCAAACUUGGUAACACACAUUGGACUAUACUCAUCGAUAAGAAACAAGCGUCUUGACCCAUAUGUGGUGUGAUAAAAAAUGUAGUUGAUUGUUAAUAUUGUGUACACAUCUGCAACUUGUAAAAAAAUUAAUUUACUGUUUAUUUUAAAUUGUUUUGUUUAUUGUUUGUAUAGUCAACAGUGCAACUACUUUGGAACACAUUCCUCAAUAAAAAUAUGAUGGAACUUUAUUUCUAGUUUGCAUAAAAAUGUAAACAAACAACAAAUUGUUUUGUUUAUUGUUUGUAUAGUCAACAGUGCAACUACUUUGGAACACAUUCCUCAAUAAAAAAUGAUUGAACACUA